UAGCAACAUUCUCGCUGUCUUCGAUUCAGCAAGUAUGUAAAUGUCAUUUUUUUAUUUAAUUUUAAUACAUUUAACUAAAUCGGUACUGUGAUAACAACUUAUAAGCAAUUUGUAUAUUAUUCAGAGGUUUAGAUCUCAUUUACGCGAUGUUGCGGAGGUUCGGUUAUAACCUAAUCGUUUGCGUAACGUAACAUUGGAUGGUUCCCGAUGGUCAAGAAGACGAUGGUUUUGAGCACGGAGUGGGCACAAGUUGAAGUGGUUGAACUCACGAACGAUGGAAACAUGUGGAUUCCAAAUUUACCGAUCACAGUUAUUACGGGCGUAGCAGCCACCGCUGGACUUGUUAGUUUGUUUAAAGACAUGUACGGUGGACCAGCGUACGAAAAAGAAGCAUCCGCGGAAGGAAAGACGAUUAUCAUAACUGGCGCCAAUGAUGGGAUAGGAAGAGAAGCUACAUGGGAAUUUGCUAAACGAGGAGCUAAGGUGUUCAUGGCUUGUCGCGACAUGUCUCGUUGUGAAGCAGCGCGCAAAGAAAUUGUACUAGAGACUGGCAACAAAUACGUUUACUGCCGACCCUGUGAUCUCGCUGAUACCAAUUCCAUCAGGAACUUCGUUGAACGGUUUAAGUCAGAAGAACCCCAUGUUCACGUAUUGAUAAAUAACGCAGCUGUGAUGGAGCCACCUCAAGGUAUCACUAAAGAUGGCUUUGAGACGCAGUUAGGUGUUAAUCAUAUGGGACAUUUUCUUCUUACACAUUUACUUAUUGACACACUUAAGGAAUCAACCCCCAGUAGAGUAAUUACAGUGACCUGUAGCGCAUACAGCCGCGGAGAUAUCAAUAAAGAAGACUUGAAUUUUAGCAAGAAUUACGACGCACACGCAGCCUACAAUCAAAGCAAAUUAGCUAAUGUACUGUUCUCCAGGGAACUUGGAAGACGGAUGCUGGAGGCGGAUAUCGCCGUGUUAGCGGUUGACCCGGGCCUAACCGAUACGGAUUUGACCCGUAACCUCGCCAUGAGUAAGAGUUUGACCAGGUUUAUCAUUUAUCCGCUAUUUUGGCCCAUGAUGAAGAAACCUCGAGUUGGUGCUCAGACCAUUCUUCAUGCUGCACUGGAGCCGAAGUUGCAAAAUUGCAAGGGCGAUUAUUUUGUUGACAUGAAGCCUGGAAAGUUAACAGAAAAGGGCGAAGAUUACGAGUCAGCAAUUUGGUUGUGGAAAGUUAGCGAGAAAUGGACAAAAGCUUACCACCACAAGGCUUUGUUACAAAAAGCUUUUGCCGCCUAAAUAACUUUAAACUUAGUAUUUAAUACAACUGAGCAUUUAUAGAUUACAUUUAUUAAGAAAUGUGGCUCUAAUUUAUUAAAAUUUUGUCGACUGACUAUACUCUGAAAUUUUGGUUCCUUGGGAAAUUCGGUAGGUCCAUAAUGGUAGCCUAUUCAGAAGUAGUACUGCAUACAUUUAUCGAGAAAAUGUUUUUAAGCCGCACCCAGUUCAUAUUUUAAGUUAACUCUUCAGAAGGCAUUGGAGUCCUAAUCGUUUAUAAUUUCGAUAUAAAACAAGAGACAAGAUGUUUUUAAAUGUUCAGUUAGCCCUGCAUUUGUAUGGUUUUUAAGAUAUCUUAGGGUAGUUUUUAGUGAAAUAAAAUUAUAAGACUA